AUGAAUGAUCAUUUGACGGAUGCAGUGCGCAGCACAGAAUCCCUACUGAAGCACCAGACAAGACAGGCUAUUUUGGAUGCAAGUGAUCAAGCCUCAAGUGGGCUACAAAAUCGCUCGGUUCAGUUGAACCUCAAAAGACGUCGGUUCACGGAUAGCCCUUCUGCCGAGACCAUUCGAACAGAUACCGCUACCAGUGCGUCAAACGGUUCAGAGUCCACCACUCCGGAUGAGGACAAAGCCAAACGGGUUUGUCUCGAACGGGACAACAUUCCGAACAAAUGGACUGAUACGAGAUCUUGGCAUGUGGAAAAAAUUGAGUACUGGAUGGCCAUGGAUUUGGUCACGGCUGGACGUCAGGGUUCUGAUUCGGGACGUGAUCAAACUCCAAUCGUUCAGUUCCUUUUUGCUUUGGGACAAUUUUCCACAAAAAAGGUUAGAAAAUUUGUUUCAGUUAUAUCCUAA